CCUUUCGCUCAUACUGUAUUCAAUUGAAUACAUUGAAUUCAUAAUUUUUUUCUGAGUAGAUACGACAUUAUCAUCACGUCAGUUCAUGAUGUAUUCAAUUAAACAUUCUUUAUAUUCGAUAUGUACGAUGUGCUGCCAUCUAAAACCCAAUAGUUCAACUAAUAGCAAAAUCUAUUCACGGAGUUCCACGGACGAACAGAUUCCGUACUGAACAGCCGUCAAUUAUGUACGUCAAAACCUGAUACAAAUAAAGAAAACAGGUUGUUGAUUGUUUUGAUUUAUAGACAAAACAUAGGCCAGUUGAUGAGAAUACUUGAAAUUGCAGAAAUUUGAAAAAGUGCUGCGUGAUAAUUAUUUUGAUUUGACGUAUUCAAUUGAAUACAGAGUGAACCGAAGGUUGGGGAAAUAAUGAGUUCAAAACGUCAUAUGAGGAAUCCUUUGAGUAAUGAGGAAUUGUUGGAAUUGAUGGAAAGUGGCCUUUCUGACAUCGAAUUCCCCAGCGAUGAGGAUGGUGAUGAUGGUUGGAAUGAGGGGAGUGAGGGUGAAGGAUAUUGAGAAUGACGAAGAAGUCGUCGAGGAUUUUCCUGAAGACGAGAGCACACCCGGAAGUCAGGAGGAGCCAGAUAUAGAACCAUCCACGAGUGCCAUUCAGCCAAGUACGCCGAGUACUUCUGCAGGAAAUAAAAAAAUCAAGAAAAAGGGUAUGUCUGAAAAGGAACUUAGGAUUGAAAAUUUCAUGAAAAAUAAUGAGUUGACCAUGAAGGCAGACAUAAGCUGGAGAACUGGACUCACCUAUUUUGCACCGGAAAUAAAAUGGCAUGAGGAUUCCAUCCCAGAAAUUGUAGACUUGAAAAGCCCACUUUAUUUUUUCAGUCAGUAUUUCACUCAGGAGCUUUUUGAAAUGAUGGCUGAGAAUACUAAUCUCUAUGCAGUACAGCAAGCUACCAGAUUUUGUCAUACAACGGUAGAGGAAAUGAAAACUUUCGUGGGAAUUCAUAUACUGAUGGGAACUGGGAUAGAACUGAAACCCGACCAAUCUCAGAUGUGAGAUUUGAUAACAUUGGACAUUUCCCGUCUAUCGAUGGAAAAUCUUAUGCAUCCAGGUGUAAAAAUCCUGAAUGCAAAGGGCAAAGUCGCGUUAUGUGUGUGAAGUGUGCAAUUCAUUUAUGUCUUUCCAAACAUAAAAAUUGUUUUAUGCGAUAUCAUAUAAAAUAAAUUCGAUGAUAACUCAAAAUAAUCUGUAUUGAAUAUUA